GUUCGUUGGGAGAGUAGGCGCAGCACGACGGUUUAGGACGGGAUGGAAUCCUUCUUGACUGGUAAUUUGCCAUACAUCUGGGUAUUUCCCACAUUAAAUGAGUUAUUCGGUGGUGCUCCUUUUUGGCAUUAUUCUCUACUCUUCUGUUAUUUUCUUUUCUUUUGCGGUCUUUAAUUUUCGUUUCUUUUCUUAUUUCUACUUUGUUUUUCCCAUUUUCAAUCCGAUUCUCCUCCAAUGGCGCACGCGAAAUUACAAUUCGAAGAUGGCCUGGAGCUGGCUCACUAUCGAACAACAGAGAGUACCUAUAGUUCAAACGGUGUCAAUAACACCUAUGGGGGAACAGCUGGAAACGACUAUGGAGGCAUGGAAGUUAACGAAUAUGGAGGAAUGGAAGCACACGAAUACGGAGGGAAUACUCGGGCAAUGUCGCCGGAUGGUGGAUACCCAUACCCUGACGACAGUGCAGAGAAGAUACCAAAUGCUUCUAAGGGUCACGAUAAUGGGAUGAACUCGAAGCUACGCAGAGACCUUAAGACGAGGCAGAUGUCUAUGAUAGCACUAGGUGGUGCUUUGGGUACCGGACUUCUCAUUAACACGUGGUUUGACAAUGCUUUGAAUAUACAUUCGGUUUGCUAAUAUGCAUAGUGGUCCAUAUCUUGCGCGAUCGGGUCCUGUUUCUAUGCUUUUGGGUUAUGGUCUGGUGGGAGUUUUAUGUUACUCUGUUAUGGCUGGAAUGGGAGAGAUGGCUACUUGGCUUCCGCUGGCGUCUGGAUUCACAGGCUUUGCUACUCGAUUUGUUGACCCGGCUUUGGGAUUUGCAACUGGUAGGUUUCCCUAGUAAUCCUUGUUGUAACCGAACUGAUGAACUCUAGGGUGGACUUACUGGUUGGAAGUCAGAAUUCUCAUCAUGUUGCCUUGGAUAUAGCUAACGAACUAGAAGUAUAUCGUGACGACCCCAAAUAAUCUUAUCGCAUCCACGCUCAUUAUCAGAUAUUGGUUCGACAAGGAAGGUUAUGAUGGGCCAGGCUCGAAUCCUGCGAUAUAUGUCGCUCUUUUUCUGGUGGCCAUCAUCGCAAUCAAUUAUUUCGGCGUUGGGGUCUUUGGCGAAUUUGAAUUCUGGUUAAGUUCCUCGAAAGUGCUCAUCAUGCUUAGUCUUAUCAUGUUCACGUUCAUUAUGGCAAUUGCUGGCGGGUCUAAUGCAAAAGCACCAGGAUUCAAAUACUGGAAAGAACCUGGCGCAUUUGCACCAUACGUAGCGAGUUAGUAUUUCCAUCCCGACUUCUGAAACACCCACUAACAAAGCAAUGCAGCUGGAAGCUUAGGAAAAUUUCUCGGCUUUUGGGACGUAUUAUCAUCGGCAGUGUUUUCAUUUCUUGGUGCCGAGCUUGUUGGAGUAACUGUUGGAGAAGCACAGAACCCACGGAAAGCAGUGCCCAAAGCCAUUAAGUUGACUUUCUUUCGGAUUGUCUUCUUUUAUAUUGUGCUUAUUUUUCUUCUGGGAUUAAACAUCCCUUACGACUCUGCUCUCUUGCUUUCAGCAAACAGAGAAGGAGACCGAACAGUCUCGGCUAGCGCAAGCCCCUUCGUCGUGGCAGCCACCCUUGCAGGCUACAAAGCAAUACCGGAUCUAAUCAACGUCUGUCUUUUGAUCUUUACAUUUUCCGCCGCAAAUUCAGAUCUCUACAUUUCGACACGAUCUCUCUACUCCCUAGCAAUUGACGGGAAUGCGCCCCGAAUAUUCGCCAGAACCAACGACCGUGGUGUUCCCGUCUACGCACUCGGAGUCUCCUCUUGCUUAGCUCUACUAGCAUUUAUUUCCGUUGAUGUUGGAUACUUCGCUACCUUCCAAUACUUCGUCUCUCUCGUCACAAUCUUCGGGAUCUUGACUUGGGUUUCUAUCCUCAUAUCCCAUAUCUUCUCCGUUCGAGCACGUUAUGCCCAAAUUGUGCCGGACACAGCAUUAACAUACGUCUCGCCCUUCGGAAUAAAAGGCUCUCUCAUCUCGCUCAUAUUCGCACUUGUGAUCCUACUCUUCAAUGGCUUUGCGGGCUUUUCUACCGACCCCGUUACGGGUGAGAAAUUCCGCUGGCGUACAUUUGUUGUGAAUUACAUUGAUGUUUUUAUUUUUCUGGGAAUGAUUGCUGGGUACAAGAUAUUUAUGAAGUCUAAGAUCUUGGGUGCAAGCGAGGCAGAUCUAUGGAGGGGAAAGGACAAAAUUGAUGCAGAUGAGAAUGAGUAUCUUGCGAGGGAGGAGAUGAGGAUGAAGGGUCACAAGGAGGGGAAGUGGGAAAAGUUGUACCGGGUAACUUUGGGAAAUUUCUUCUGA